GAUGGGCGGACUUUAGCGGCAGCUCGCGCGCCCGCACUCAGCCACAUCCAGUGCUGUCAUCACUCCUCGCGGUUCUCCAGCUCUCCACUGCUUGAAAGAAGGCCGCUGUCAGCGCAUUCGUUCUCCGCCAACACGUCUCUGACAGUCUCGAAUCCGCGAUGGGCUUCUCACUCAACAAUCCGCUGCCCUCGUCCAUGAGGAGCGAAUGCAGGAAAACGGGCAAGAUUCUGGCAUCCUUUGUCGACCCGCGACAGUCGUUUGGACCCGACAAAAUCAUCCCGCCGUCUGUUCUAGCAAACGCAAAGGGCCUUGCCAUCCUCACCGUCUUCAAGGCGGGUUUCCUCGGCACAGCACGCUUCGGCUCCGGCGUCGUCGUCGCGCGCCUCGCAGACGGAUCGUGGUCAGCGCCCUCGGCCAUUGGGACAAUCGGCGGCGGCUUCGGCGGGCAGAUUGGCUUCGAGCUGACUGACUUCGUCUUCAUCCUGAACGAUGCCUCGGCAGUGCGCACAUUUGCGCAGGCUGGCUCGCUUACACUCGGCGGCAAUGUCUCCAUCGCCGCUGGCCCGGUCGGCAGAAACGCGGAGGCCGCCGGCGUCGCGAGUCUGAAGGGCGUUGCGGGCGUCUUCAGCUACAGCAAGACAAAGGGACUGUUUGCUGGUGUCAGUCUGGAGGGCAGUGGCCUGAUAGAGCGGAGGGACGCCAACGAGAAGCUGUACGGCCGGAGAUGGACAGCGCGAGAGCUCCUGAGCGGCCAGGUCCCCCCACCGCCAGCCGCCGAGCCCCUGCUGCGCGUGCUCAACUCGAGGGUCUUCUCUGGGACUGGUGGCGCCGCAGCCGCAGACGACAGGAUGUACAACGACAUUCCGGUCUACGACGACUCGCAAGACAACGUUGUCUGGCAAGGACGCAGUGGUUCCGCCAUGGGCGAGGGCGUGAGGAGAGAUCGCACCGGCUCGCUCGGCCAGGGUAGCCAGCACGCUGGAAAUGACGAGUACGAGUACCGCGACCGCCCACAGCGUACGUCGACAUGGGCGGACGACGUAUACGACCGACAGCCGAACACAGGAGGGGGCGUCAACCGCUCUUUCUCGACACGCGCGAAUCCCAACGAGACAUUUGACACCAUGAACGGCCGCAGCCGGGCGUCCACGUUUGGCGACGACUAUUCUUACAGCGACCGCUCCUCUGCGCCUGGGCGACCAUCUGCGCCGAAGCCAGUGUUUGGUCAGAGGAAAGCAAGCCUGGGCGCCGACCAGGCGAUUGCGAAAUUUACCUUCGACCCCGAUCAGCCUGGUGAUCUGGGGUUCAAGAAGGGCGAAGUCAUUACGAUCCUGAAGCGCACAGACAACGAGACAGAUUGGUGGACAGGGCGAGUGGGCGACAGGGAGGGCAUCUUCCCUAGCAACUACGUCGAGACUGUAUAAAUCCGGCACGCGCCUCCUACUUCGAUUAUUCCUUUCCGCGUCCAAAAGAUACCUCCUGCGUAUAUCUAGACUGCAAACCACAGCUCCUUAGCAAGCCUCGUAACAAUUCGACAUUUCUUCGGGUACAGCAGGGCGUCAAGGUUUGCCUGCUACGUCUCAGGUGUUUUGCAUGUGUUCAAGUGCCCACAUACCUAUCCAUCGUACCUAUUCACUUAUUUUCUCUCCAACGUACCAUUUCUUCGCCUGUACCGGUUUUGACAACUCGUCGCACAUGUCACGUCGCCUCCGUUCGGCUAGAGAUCGUACCGCACAAUGGUCGCCGGAGCUGCCCAUCAUGAAAUUCGUGAACUCCCA